AAUAAUGCACAGAGUAUUACGUUUCGAUGUCGAUUGGAAGAUAAAAUGUUACCGUGUUAGUUUUUGGUUGGCCAUCUGAUUUAGCUCCUCGGUGAAAUAUAGAAGUAAACACUUUCCUCCAGCAUGGCUUCAACCAGCUAAACUUAUUUAUUUGGCUUUUUUUCUUCCGUAACUUGACUUUGUGUUCCUGCUGCAGCCUCUCAUCUCCACCAACAUGGACGAACACACUUUAAAACAGCUUGUGAAGCUCACUCAGGAGGGACAGUUAAGCUCUCUGCAGAAACACAUCACACCGGCUCAAACCGUCUGUGGUAAACACUUUGGCCGGUCAGGGGAUACCUUGCUUCACUACGCCUGCAGACACGGACACCUGGACGUGGUGGAGUACCUCGUGAAGCAGGUAGGCAUGGAUGUGGAGGUGUGCAACAACGACUACAAGAGGCCGCUGCAUGAAGCUGCGUCCAUGAGCCACCAGGAGUGUGUUAGCUACCUGCUGCGGGAAGGAGCCAAGGUGGACAGUCUGAAGAAAGCGGACUGGACUCCUCUGAUGAUGGCCUGCACUCGCAGAAACCUCCACGUGAUCCAGGAGCUUCUUUGCCAUGGUGCCGACCCGUCACUGAGGAACAAGGACGGCUGGAACUCCUUCCACAUCGCCUGCAGGGAGGGCGAUCCUCCGAUCGUGCAGCACCUGCUUCAGGUCGCAGCAGACGUCUGGAGGACGAAGAGCAAGACACGCAGGACGCCGCUUCACACUGCAGCGAUGCACGGCUGUGAAGAAGUUGUUCAGAUUUUACUCGAGAGAUGUGCCUACACCCCAGAUGGCCACGACAGCUGUGGAGUCACGCCUUUCAUGGAUGCCGUCAGGAAUGGACACAUCUCGUUGGCGAGGCUUCUUUUAGACAAGCACCAGGCGUCUCCGACAGCAGCUGACACACUCGGGGCUCAGCCGUUGCAUCAGGUUGCUGUCACCGGCCAGGAGGAGGCGCUGCGGUUCCUGGUGCGGGACCUGAAUGUCGACGUGAACCAGAGAGCGACUAACAUCCAGCUCACCGCUCUGCAUUACGCUGCAAAGGAGGGCCACACGUCCACGAUUAAAACCCUUCUGGAGUUGGGAGCAGAUCUUUGUGUCCGUGACAACAAAGGACGAACAGCUCUUCAUAUGGCGUCCAUCGGGCAGCACGUGGAUGCAGCCAGAACUCUCCUGCAGCUCGGACUCAGAGACUCCGAGGACUCAUCUGGCACCAGAGCGAGACAGUUUGCCAGGAGACCAGAUGUAGUACGAGUGUUUGAAUGCGAGCUACCUGACACAUCGUAAAUUUUGCCACAGUGAUGCCGAGCACAGAUGUGCAAUUAAUUCUGUGCAGUUUAAUGUUACUGGAAUCAAACAAGCUGGAUUUAGUGUAUUACAAUAAACCUCCACUUGUAUGUUGUUGUGACGUGUGUUUUCAGUGACACAUUUUGAGUCUUAGGACAUUGUCUUCCGUCCAAAUGGUGCGUUCCAUUUGAUCUCAGAAGUUGGAAAUUCCAAGUUGCCGGUUAUGGUAAAUAGUAAAUGGACUUUUACAAUGAAUGUCACACCUACAUAUUCAUGCAUACAACAUUCAGCCAUGUUGGAUUUUAACUCGGACUACUGAAGUUUCAGAGAUUCUGAGAUGGAAUUCCCACUUCAGGGGGCAUUACUGUUGUGGCUUUGGCUCAGUUGGUAGAGUCGGUCGUCUCUCUACCAGAAGGUUGGGGUUCAAUCCCCAUCUCCUGUGGCAACCUGUCUGAUGUGUCCCUGGACAAGACACUUAACCCCAAGUUGCCAAAGGUGCUUUAUCAGCAGCAUAUGAAUGUGUGUGAAUUGACUAGUUAAUACUGAUGAUGGACUCUUUACUCAGCAGCUCUACCAUCAGUGUGUGAAUGUGUAGGUGUGACCUGCGGUGUAAAAGAUCUUUGAGUAUUCAGAAGGCUUGAAAAGCGCUAUACAAGCUCAAGUCCAUUUAGCAUUUACCCGUCUGUGCAGGAGUUUCCCUGACUGUAUUUUCCUUUUGUUAGCACAGUCCCUUGGAUGUCUGGCACAAAACUAAGAUUGAAACAUUAGCUCUGAGUUUUCCAUUUUGUUUAUUGUCGUUUUAUUUUUCUAGCAUUGUGGAUUAUAUCAGCCUACAUUGAAAUACACCAGAUCUGUGUUGACAGGCAUUAUCUACAUUAUGUACCAUUAUUUACAGUUCUUUUUUAACGGAACAUAAGAGGCAGAAAUUAAUGCAUGGGGGAUUUAAAAGUGGUGCAAGGAUGUCGUUUGUCCAGCUAAAUGCUGCUCCGACUCAGUAAUUAAUUGUUCAAACUGCAGCACAUGUAGCAGGACUCAGCCGGCGAUGGCACAAACUAAAAACAGUUUACAACGUAUACUAAUUCUACUAAUGUUAAUUGUCAAAAGGCAGCCCUCUGUGUACCUUUGUAAAGUGAUAGAGGUGCAUCUUUCUUCUUUACAUAUGUGUAAAUGAGCAUCAUUUUAAAAUGAAACAAUUCAGAUCUACGUUCUUUAUUUUGAGGCUCAGCCCUCGACUCCUCGCCUUGAAUUUGACUUUGACUUGACCUCUACGAUCCUGAGUUUGUUAGCAGACUGUGUGGCCUGUGUGUGACUGCCGCUGUUCGCGCUGACGUGUGUGAGUAAAACAGAAGUUAACUGCUUAAAUGUCACUUUGUUUACUUAACAGGUGUGUUUACUCUACUAAGGGGCAUGUCCAGACUUUUUUGCUGGGGUGGCCCAAUUGGGGCACUAACUUAGGCAGGGCUGGCAUAAAAUGUGCGUACAGACACAUGGAGAACAAUUUAAUUAAUUUACCCUUUCUAUCUCCAUUAAUAAUAUCUACUUUAAGGUAAACAAGAGAAUGGCAACAUGUAGAUUUUCUGAGCUUAAGUCUUUAUUUCCUCAAUUCCCUGCAUAGUUAACUUCAUCAUUCAUUUUGUACUUGUAUAUACCCCCUAUUUUUAUUUAUCUUAUCUAAUCUAUUCUGUUCAAUUUGUAUUUUGUAUGAUCUUUUUAAUUGUCUGUGCUGCUGCAACGCCCGAAUUGAAUCAUUAAAGGACUAUCCUAUCCUAUC